AUGGAUCCAACAGUGGGUGACAUUGUGAGGGGAUAUAAGGCGGCUGAGGAUGCAGCUAAGGGGUACCUUGAGUCUGCGGAAAGCUUGGACGAGGAAAUUGGAAGGAGAGCUGCUACGCAAGAUGAGGUAACACUACUCAAGGAUUUCCUUCAGAAAGCAUAUAAAAAAGGCCAUGACGCUGAGGGAUAUCGUGGAGACUGGAUAACUUCAAGAUAUCAUCGAGACGAUAUUAAAGACUCAGAUGUGGGACAUCUUAACGCUGUUAAGUGGAUCGAUGACAAUAUUAUGCAACCGAUCCACAUAAUCGCUGAGAAGAGGGGCAUUAAAAUCAACCCGACUUGA